ACCAACCUUCACGAGCACUUUUGCACUAUGCUCCCUCAAAACUUCUCCACCGCUCGCAAUGCCGCGCCCCUCCGCCUCCGAAACCGCCUCCCGCUUCGCCGCCCACUGGGUCGCCGACGCCCUCGCCGCCGACGAUGCCCUCGACUUCUCCUCCCUCAUGGCGCUGUUGGACGCCACGCCGGAGUCCCUCACCGGCGCCCCGGCGUCCGUGUCGGAGCGGGUGGCUCUCCGGUGCCUGCAGGAGCUCUCUGCUGCCGCCUCCACCGGGGAUGGGCCCACGGCGUCGCGGGCGCCGGCGGGGGUGCUUAGGGUUGACAUCACUCGCUCUUGCGAGGACUUGCUGCUUCAGAUCAUUGGGAAGGUCGGAACCUCGGGAAAUUUGAGGAAGGAUAUGCUUCCAGAUUUUAGUCAAGAUAUCCAGAACAUUAUAUGUAUCAAGAAGCCUAGAUUACCAGAAACAUGUUUUGAGUUGCUCAGAGAAGUGGACCCAGAAAUUGCUUGCACGGCCUUACCUUCCCCAUUGGAGCAGAAUGGUGACAACACACAUGAUCGUUUAAAUAUAGAGGAGCCUCGAUUGCCUACAGAUAAUGCUAUACAUCUGGUAGAAGACUUGACAAAUUUAGCCGAUCAGACAUACAAAGAAAAUAUCAUGAAGGAAUUAAGUGAACCAACUUCUGAUCUUCAGCAACCAUGUAUAUCAGACACCAUAAUUCCACGGGUGGAUAGCAACAAAACUCAUCCGAGUUCUCCACAAAAUGACCGUGGUGAGAAAGCAAACCAAGAUCUUGAGUAUGAAGGUACAAGCAUUCAGCCAGUGGAAAAGGAUUCAGUUCAUGAGAAACUGGCUCCGCGCGCUGGCAGCGUUUUACCUUCUGUAAGUUGCAAUGAUGCUAUUCAAGGAGAUAAAUCAGAAACCAACCAUCUGUUAGGGAAAAGUAAAGAACAUGCAGCGUUAUAUGAACAGCCGAAUGAUGGUAACUGUCACCUGAAAGUCUGUUGUGGCGACAAAGUUAAUCAAUCUAUAUGUAGUGUAACCUUGCAUAAUAGAAUUUCAGAGGGCAAUUAUUUAUCCGAGCAGAAUAAUGCGAAGAGAACCACUGAUGUUCAGAAACUCAGUUGCAGUAUACCUGCCCCAAUCCCUCCUCGGGAUGGGGAUGGAAGAAGAGCAAAACAAAUAUCAAACAAGGAAACUCUUGCAAACACUCUGGUGGAAACAUCACACGCCCACUCCUCAGAUGAUAGUUUAAGUGGUUCUGCUGACGAAAUGUCAUUCUGUAUCAAGGAUCAAGGCACAAAUAGCUCGCCCUUGGGCUGUUCAGAAAAAGAUUUGUGCAUUAAAUGCGGCAAAUAUGGUCAGUUGCUGAAAUGUAGCAGCUGCUUGUUAGCCGCUCACAAGAGUUGUUUUGGUCCAGCGGUGACUUUUGUAGACUCUGGCAAGUUUUGUUGCCCAGUAUGCUUCUAUACUAAAGCUACUGAAGCAUAUCAAGAAGCAAAGAAAACAUAUUGUGAAGCUAGGAAGAACCUUGCUGCUUUCCUUGGCUCACAGCAAUUGAUCAAUCAACACGACGAACAACUGCCUGAAGUGCUGCCAAGAGCUUCCCCCAGCAAGGGUCAUUUGAAUGGGUGCAAUUUUUUGGUGAAACGGAAAAAUAGCCAGCAAAUUGAUAUGCAUAGGCUUGCUUAUUCAGAUGAAAAGGCUGAUCAGCACAGAAAGAAACAGAAAACAAAUGCUACAGUUGAUGCUUGUCAUGAGAAAGCAGUCACUGGAAAGGCUCCUUCUGCUGCACAGAAAGAGCAAGAAGUGAAAAUCACAGAAACUCGUGAAGAAUCUGGCAACGAGAAUUCAUGUGAUGGAAUGAGAAUUACAUCUCAUGAAAAAUGCGGCCCUUCUGCUACAAAUCAGGAAUGUAUGGCUGACAAAGAGGAUAGUCUUAAAAUUUGUAACCAAGGUGAUGGUGAAACAGAAGCUAUAUCUUCAAAAAUUGAUAUGCAUAGGCUUGCUUGUUCAGAUGAAAAGGCUGAUCAGCACAGAAAGAAACAGAAAACAAAUGCUACAGUUGAUGCUUGUCAUGAGAAAGCAGUCACUGGAAAGGCUCCUUCUGAUGCACAUAAAGAGCAAGAAGUGGAAAUCACAGCAACUCGUGAAGAAUCUGGCAACGAGAGUUCAUGUGACGGAAUGAGAAGUACAUCUCAUGAAAAAUGCGGCCCUUCUGCUACAAAUCAGGAACGUAAGGCUGACAAAGAGGAUAGUCUUAAAAAUUGUAACCAAGGUGAUGGUGAAACAGAAGCUAUAUCUUCAAAAAUUGAUAUGCAUAGGCUUGCUUGUUCAGAUGAAAAGGCUGAUCAGCGCAGAAAGAAACAGAAAACAAAUGCUACAGUUGAUGGUUGUCAUGAGAAAGCAGUCACUGGAAAGGCUCCUUCUGAUGCACAGAAAGAGGAAGAAGUGGAAAUCACAGAAACUCGUGAAGAAUCUGGCAACAAGAAUUCAUGUGACGGAAUGAGAAUUACAUCUCAUGAAAAAUGCGGCCCUUCUGCUACAAAUCAGGUUCGUAAGGCUGACAAAGAGGAUAGUCUUAAAAAUUGUAACCAAGGUGAUGGUGAAACAGAAGCUAUAUCUUCAAAUGACUCUGGCCAGCGAUCAUUACUCCCUUUGCGUAACAGCAGACACCGCGAAGCAAGAUUGCAAGAAAGGGAGACACCAGUAUCAUGUAAUUCAGGAAAAGCUACUGUGCAGCAGGGUCAACACAUGCCUUCACCAUCAAGAAAAAGAAAAUAUGCAUAUCCAAUCAACCAUCGUUCCGAUAUGGUCGCACCAACUGGAAGGCGCUCGAAGCUCUCUUGGACGGAUGAAGAAGUAGCAGCUUUGAGGGAAGCAAUGGAGAAAUUUAACCCACGAGACAACAGGCCAGUUCCAUGGGUUCAAAUACUAGAAUACGGUAGGGAUGUGUUUCACCGUGCACGCCUCCCAUGUGACUUGAGGGUCAAGUGGAGGAAUAUGAUGAAGAAAACAGGUUCCUGACACUGGCAAGAUUAUGUCUUCUGUAGCCAUAUUCUCAUGAUUUCUCGGAGUUGGGUGGUCCUGCAGUUUCGAACUAUGAAAAGCUCAAAGAUGAAGGGUUGGAUUUCCAGUCGAAGUUCAAUGAACUUUUAGAAGCCUGCGAGUAAAACAUGCAGAUAGCCUGAUGACAUCUUCGUGUAACCGAGGACGUUUUGAUUUGAACGUCACUUUCUCCGUGGAGCUUGGGGAACUAGAGAGAAUUUGGAGCGCGGUGCAGCUUCAGUGGGAAAGUGUGGUGAUAGUUACUAGUGUACAUGGUGUAACUAAGCAGUAGCCUUUAUAAUACUAUGAAACGGAACAUUUCUUGUGCUAUAUGCUUCACUCAGCAAUGUAUAGGGCUUGCUAAUAUAUUGCCCGCGGUGAAACACGUCGGAAGCUGUGAAAAUAUCUUUGAUGUUUCAGAUCUGAUGUUUUCCCAAACGGAGCUUUUAACGUUGUAGUCCGUUUUGCGUA